ACGAGAAACGGAAGUGCAGCAUGAGAAAAAAACGAGAUGUUUUGUGUAUGAAGUUAGUUAGUUUACGUUAACUUCUCGUUGCAAGAAGAAGUUAAAGCUGCGAACUGCGAAAGGAAGCAUUUCUCCCUUCGAUAUCCUCCGAAAUUAGACAGUCCUCCUGGACUAAACCGUCACUUUCUCUGAGAGCAGGAACAAAGUGCCAGCCAGGAUGGAUCCAGCUCUACUGAGGGAGAGGGAGCUGUUCAAGAAAAGAGCUCUGUCCACUCCGGCUGUAGAGAAGAGACCAGCUGCCUCCGACUCUGGGUCACACAAGAAGAAGAAGCCCAAGGCUGACAAAGAGAGUUCCUCUGGGUCCAAACACAGCGCUGAGUCGAGUAAUGGCAACUUUAACAUCAAGACGAGUUCUGGGUACAAGUUUGGCUGCCUAGCCAAGAUAGUCAAUUAUAUGAAGACGAGGCAUCAGAAUGGUGAUACACACUUCCUGACCCUAGACGAGAUUCUGGAUGAGACCAAACUUCUUGACAUCAGCAUGAAACAGAAACAGUGGCUCAUGACUGAGGCCUUGGUCAACAACCCAAAAAUUGACGUCCGGGAUGGGAUGUACGGCUUCAAACCCAAGUACAACCUGAAGGACAAGAAAGCCUUACUGAGGCUGCUGGACAAACACGACCAGCUGGGCCUGGGAGGAGUGCUGCUGGAUGACGUCGAGGAAGGGCUGCCCAACUCAGCCAAGGCCAUCAAGGCAUUGGGGGAUCAAAUCAUCUUUGUGACAAAACCAGAUAAGAAGAAGAUUCUGUUCUACAAUGACAAGCACUGCCAGUUUGUGGUAGAUGAAGAAUUUCAGAAAUUAUGGAGGAGUGUUCCAGUUGAUUCCAUGGAUGAAGAGAAGAUUGAGGAGUACCUGAAGAAACAAGGCAUCUCCUCCAUGCAAGAAACAGGACCAAAGAAAGUGUUACCCGUUCAAAAGCGGAAGAAGCAAGGCGGGCAGAGGAAGAGACACUUCAAGACCCACAACAACCAUUUGGCAGGCGUGCUGGAGGACUACUCAGACGGCGUUCCUGUGAAGAAGUGAGCUCCUUUCCCCCGGCUGCUUCUCGGCCUCGGAGGAGUGAUGGAGAAUCUGUAAAUCAGACCCGGCUGCAGACGGAGACCCUGGCCACACUACAACACUGACUUUUCCAUGGCUGUCGUGCUAUUUCAAAACUAGCUUCUUUCCCUUUCUUUGCACUCCUCUCAGUGAUCAGCGGUCUUGUAAUAGCAACUGUGUUGUGGAAUCCUUUUUCAUUAGUUUACUGAUCAGUGAUAACUGAAGGACACUGGAGGAAAGAGGUACUGAGACCAUUUAAGGACCCUGAAUGCCCUUUUUACCAAAACCACCAUCCUUAAGGGGAUGCUGCAGUCGUACUGUUAAAAUGUAAAUGAGGUUGAAGUGUGUAAAUACGUUUUUCUUCAUAUGUAGUAUUUCACAGAGAGGUGUGUGUGGACGCUUUUCUUUUAAAGGGCAGCAUCUUAUCUGAUCAAUCCUUGUAACAGGAGUAGCGGACGACAGGCUAGGGUUGUGCAGUGCAUCACAGUGAGGUCUCUCAUCCAGCAUGAAACAUCUCGGACAUUACUUCUCGUGGACUUUCUAAGUAUUUAAAAGUCUUUUACUUUUCACCACCAUAACAUAGUGGUUAAAAACUUUUUUGGAACUUAUUUUAAUAAAUUACACUGUUACAGGA